UUAUGUUAAUAUGUCACGCUCAAAUCUCAGAACGCACUCUGCAAAUGAUUUCCAGCAGCAGGAGAAGGGGGCGUGGUCUGGCUGCACGGCACCUCCCAGAACAGCAGUCCGAUUUCGGAAAGCCAUAGGAAAAAUGUCUAAAAUUGUUUCACCGAUAACUCAACAAGUAACAACACAAAGUCGGGAAAUUGGGACAUCUUCUGUCGAUAUUCGACUUGAAGACGUCGAAGACUGUUUAAUUUACGACAGGCAUGGCGUCUCUCUUCUGUUCAAGAACUUAUAUCAAGACAGGAAAUCGGUCAUCAUUUUCGUGCGGAAUUUCUUGUGCUACAGCUGUAAGGAAUAUGUGGAUGAUCUGAGUAAAAUACCUCGAGAAACACUGGAGGAUGCUGGUAUUAGACUGGUUGUGAUUGGUCAGUCCGCCCAUCAUCACAUAGAGCCAUUCUGCUCACUGACAGGGUAUCCUUAUGAAAUAUAUGUGGACCCAGAGCGAUGCAUUUAUCAGAAGCUUGGAAUGAAGAGAGAGGAGAAAUUCACAGACUCUGCGAACCCUAGUCCACAUGUGAAGUCUGGUAUUUUUAUGGGCCAAAUGAAAAGUAUAUGGAGGGCCAUAACUAGCCCUGCAUUUGACUUUCAAGGUGACCUACAUCAACAAGGUGGAGCCAUCAUUGCAGGACCAGGCUGUCAAGUUCAUUUUUUCCAUUUUGACAUGAACCGCCUGGACCACAUGCCCAUUAACUGGCUCCUGCAGCUUGCCGGAGUUCAAAAAACUCUGGACUUCAGCACUAAGCCAAAGAUCAUCCAUGUGUAGCCACCUGACUGCCUAA